GCUGCGAGGGAGACGCUCUAAGAAGCUUCUCAGUGUGGGCGAGUGAAAUGUCUUGGAUGUGAGAAACAGGCCCAGAUCAUCUCUACUGUCUAUUCAGAUGUGCAUAUAUUUCUUCCCUAAGUUGAUUAAAGUUGUUUUAUAUCUGUCAAGUACCUCAAAGAUCUGACUGACGGUGCUGCACAAGCCUACCUGCCAUGGGCUGUCGGGAUGUCCAUGCAGCCACAGUCCUCUCCUUCCUGUGUGGAAUCGCCUCGGUAGCAGGCCUCUUUGCAGGGACUCUGCUUCCCAACUGGAGGAAAUUACGACUGAUCACAUUCAACAGAAACGAGAAGAAUCUGACUGUGUACACUGGCCUGUGGGUGAAGUGUGCCCGAUAUGAUGGGAGCAGUGACUGCCUGAUGUAUGACACUACUUGGUACUCAUCAGUUGACCAGCUGGACUUGCGGGUCCUCCAGUUUGCCCUGCCUCUCAGCAUCCUGAUUGCGAUGGGUGCCCUGCUGCUCUGCCUGAUCGGAAUGUGCAACACGGCCUUCAGGUCCUCAGUGCCCAACAUCAAACUGGCCAAGUGUCUGGUCAAUAGUGCAGGCUGCCACCUGGUGGCCGGGCUGCUGUUUUUCCUGGCAGGUACUGUGAGCCUCUCCCCUUCCAUCUGGGUCAUCUUUUAUAACAUUCAUCUGAACAAGAAGUUCGAGCCAGUCUUUACGUUUGACUACGCAGUGUAUGUCACUAUGGCCAGUGCUGGGGGCCUGUAUAUGACUUCCCUUCUGCUGUUUAUUUGGUACUGUGCAUGCAAAUCUUUGCCUUCUCCUUUCUGGCAACCAUUGUACUCCCAUCCUCCCGGUAUGCAUACCUACUCACAGCCCUAUUCAGCACGCUCCCGCCUCUCUGCCAUCGAAAUUGACAUUCCAGUAGUUUCACACACCACCUAAUGGGGAAAUUGUUAGUUCUCAGAGAAAACUUGUAGCCUCACAUUUCCCUUGUACAAGGACCCGUAUACAUUUUCCUUUGUUUCUGACCAGUCAAUGAAGCCAAAUUUGUAUGUCCUGGUAGAAUGAAGUGCUGCUAGUUUUAUGAAAAGUACAUUAUUUUAAAUGUGAAUCAUUCCUUUUAUCUUGCUUCUUAUGCUAGAAAGAUUUUUAACCUCUAUAUUGAUAUCUAAUCAAUUAUUCAAGUGGAAAGGGCCUGUGUCUCAGUUGAGGUAAUUUAGAGCAACAUGGUAAAGUAAAAAAUGAAGACUAAGAGGGGCUAUUGUACAUGAUCUUUAUGAGUAUUUUAGAAUAUGUAUUGUCCUCUUUCUAUAAUACCUUACACUGGGAAAAAAGGGCAAUUUCAAAUAUAAGAAAUUUCUUUCAGGUAAGAGUAAUAUUUUAACAGUAGUCAGUCUACCAGCUUAAGGCUGUAACUUUUCUUACUUCUCUCUCGGGGCUAAUUAUAUAAAACAGAGUUUCAUAUUUUGAAGAUACUUUUCUUUUGUGCGUUCCUUAUCUUCUACCUCAUGGCAGUGUUUAAAAAUAAAAUGCAUUUUAAGUGAUGUCAUAGAGAAUAAGCCUAACAUUUUAAAUAACUACUAGUAUGGAUACCAUUUAACAUAAUUUUAAAAGUUAAUUAUUCUAUAAAUUGUAUUGUUAGAGUUAAAAUGGGCCAUGUGAUGGAUCGGUGCUUUCCCUCUGAGGCAGAAAAGCCUUUUUUUUUUUUU